AUGGCGGCCAGCAACGGCAUUGUCCUGCAAAGGGACCUGCACCUCUCCAUCCGCCAUGCUUCCGUGUGCAUCACGCUCAUCGCGCCCGCCGGAUUCUUAGGGUCCUACAUCGUGGACUGGCUACGCUGGGAGCCUCUCACCAUGCUCCAUGCCUCCAUGGGGCCAUUGCUCCUGUCAGCAUCCUUUAUGGCUCUUGCCGCCUGGUACCGGAGCUUGGCCUUCUUCAUGGGCUCCACCUGUGUUACGGAGAUGGUGAUCGUGGUCGUCUUCAUUUCUGCGGUCUGUGCAUUCACGGAGGGCAUCGAAGACAUCGCAGGCACAGCUGCAUCUCUGCUCACCGCGCUCUCCUUCCUGGGCAGCUCCUUUACCUCGCUCUUGGUGGUGGUCAUGGCCAAGGACGGUCUCGCCAACUAUCUGCUUUCUCUCGCAGCGACGCUGCUUUUGAUCGCCUUGAGCCUCUGGCUUGGGCGCGCUUUUGCCAUUUGGCCUCACCGCCCCAAGGAGCAAGGCAGCGUGGAUCAGGGCUGA